GUGGGCGCCAGCUUCAUGUGCUGGGUAGCAGAUUGUGCUCCAUAUGAAAAUUCUGUGGGUGUGCACUUCUGUCUGUUCUUUUAAAUUUGUUGCUAAAAAGCAUGCAUACUGUGACAGGGACCUGGAGGUCACCCCUUUUGUUUGCCUCUGGUAUCUUCCUCCUUGCAGGCCCCUGGAUGAGGCGCAGUCAGAACUCCUCCUGCGGCACACUCACGAAUGGCUUCUCCUCCUCCUCCUCUCCAGACCCCGGCCCUUCAGGUGGGGGUGGGAGGGGAGACCUCCUGCCUCUCUCCCACAGCAUGACGACGAUGCUUGCCUCUCGCAGGAAAAGGCUCGGCGGCAGAGCCAUGGCCGAGGCUCGGAGCACCAUCAAGGUGGACCUCCCUAAUCAGCAGCGCACAGUGGUGACUGUCCGGCCGGGUACAACUGUCUACAGCUCCCUAGACAAGGCCCUGAAGGUCCGUGGGCUCAACCAGGACUGCUGUGUGGUCUACAGGAAAAAGAGCGAUGGGCGAAAGACCAUCACAGAUUGGGAGACGGACCUGGUCAACCUGGAGGGGGCCGAGCUCUCUGUGGAAGUCUUGGAGGACCUGCCGCUUACUAUGCACAACUUUGUGCGGAAGACCUACUUCAAUUUGGUCUUCUGCGAUUUCUGCCUUAAGUUCCUCUUCCAUGGCUUCCGCUGCCAGACUUGUGGCUACAAGUUCCACGAGCACUGCAGCAGCCGAGUGCCUACGGUCUGCUUGGACCUGGCCACUUCGCAUAAGCCGGUUUACAGCCAUGAUCCGGGGCAGCACCCUCCAUUCUGGCAGGACAGUGUCCCGACUACCCCAGUGCAGCCGAGUCACGAACCAGAGACCCCUCAAGCUGUUGGCCCAAGAAAGCCGCCCCCCUUCAGCCCAGAUGCCUUCGGCUUCCUCAGCCUCCACGGGGGUGGGCAGCAGCUCCAACGGCACCGCUCCACCUCCACCCCAAAUGUCCACAUGGUCAGUACCACCAGCCCCGUGGACAGCGGCAUGCUUGAGCUCCUAAGCCGGAAUCACAGCCCAGAGGGCCCAGGUGCGCUUGAGCCGCCUCCUUGCACUCCGCCGGCUCCCCCCGUUUCCAGCAUGGCUGCUGUUUCGUCUGGCCGACGCUCCCCCCACCCCAAGUCCCCUGGCGAGUCCCCCAGGGAGCGCAAGGCCCCCACCGAAGACAAGAAGAAACCUAAAUCCCUGGGCUACCGGGACUCCAGCUAUUACUGGGAAGUCUGCCAUACCGAGGUGACAAUGCUGAAGCGCAUAGGCGCUGGGUCAUUUGGCACUGUCUUCCGGGGCCGCUGGUACGGGGAUGUGGCGGUCAAGAUCCUGAAGGUCACCAACCCCACCAGCGAGCAGGUGCAGGCCUUCAAGAACGAGAUGCAGGUGCUCAGGAAGACGCGCCACGUGAACAUCCUGCUCUUCAUGGGCUUCAUGACCCGCCCCAGCUUUGCCAUCAUCACCCAGUGGUGCGAAGGCAGCAGCCUGUACCAGCACCUGCAUGUGCAAGAAACCCCCCUGGAGAUGGUGCAGCGCAUUGACGUGGCCCGGCAGACGGCCCAGGGCAUGGCUUACCUGCAUGCUAAGAACAUAAUCCACCGGGACCUCAAAUCCAACAACAUCUUCCUGCACGAAGGCUUGACCGUGAAGAUCGGCGACUUUGGCCUUGCCACCGUGAAGACGCGCUGGAGCAGCUCGCAGCAGGUGGAGCAGCCCAGUGGCUCCAUACUUUGGAUGGCCCCUGAGGUGAUCCGAAUGCAAGACCCCAACCCCUACAGCUUCCAGUCAGAUGUCUACUCCUAUGGAGUUGUUCUCUACGAGCUGCUCUCCGGGACCCUCCCCUACAGCCACAUCAACAACCGGGACCAGAUUAUAUUCAUGGUUGGCCGGGGGUACCUGUCCCCUGACCUAAGCAAGGUGCCCAGCAAUUGCCCCAAGGCCAUGCGCAGGCUGAUGGGCGACUGCCUUAAAUUCAAGCGUGAAGAGAGACCCCUCUUUCCUCAGAUUUUGGCCUCCAUUGAGUCGCUCCAACGUUCUUUGCCCAAGAUCGAGCGCAGUGCCUCUGAGCCCACCCUCCAUCGGGUGGGUCACAACGAAGAGCUGACUCCCUUCGCUUUCCCCGCUGCCUUGAGGCUCCACAGCUAACGUGGCGAGACUGGAACUGCUACCAAAGGUCACGUCCCCCUCAAGGCCAGUGUGCAGCUCGCGGCCCUCCUGGGGGGACAGAGGAGCCGUCAGUGCCCAGAGGGCAGCUGCAUCCCUGGCAUCCGGGUGCAUCGCCCAGGUCUGUGUGCAGAGAGACGCUGGGGCUGGGGGUGUCCACCUGGAUUUCACUCUCACUCCAAAGCCUGCAAUCCUACUAGGGGGUCGCCAAAGCAGGAAACACAUUGAAACAUCCCUGCUCUGCAAUGACUUUGGCUUCAUUGUCUCCAGGUGUAUUCUUUUAUGGGGCUUAUCCUGUUUCCAGGAUGUUGUAGGUGUCAUUUGUUUGUUUGCUUGGGAACUUCAGUAGGAGAGGAAAAGCAUGGGAGGGGUGAAAGGACGGUCUGUGGAAAAGGAGCUGGAGAUGGUGUAAUAAAAAGGCUAAGCCCUA